CUACCCAAAUACAGAUUCUACUUAAUGUUUGCAGCAGACAAUCUUGUGAGAAUAGAAGAUGCCGGACUUUUGUGCCGCUUAUGGAUGUGCUAAUCAGCGAAACAUAACAACAAGAUCCCGAGGAAUCACUUUUCACAGGUUUCCUAAAGACACUAUCUUAAGGAAACACUGGGAACUGGCGUUGAAACGGGAAGGCUUUGUGGCUAAAAAGAGAUCUGUGCUCUGCAGUGAGCACUUCAAGGCAGAUGAGUUUGACAGGACAGGGCAGAUUGUCCUUCUGAGACAUGGAGUCAUGCCGUCUGUCUUUAGCUUCCCAUCUCAUUUACAAAAGCAAGUACCAUCAAGGACUACAGAAGCAUCAAGGAAAGCUGGGGAGAGCCUGCCAGACCACAUUUAUGCUUUGCCUGCUUCUCCCACUGCUCUAAAGGCCAGACUGAAUGAAGCUCUGGCUAGAGUGGAGAGUCUGGAGCACGAGAAGAGGAAUGGCUUGAUCCGCGAGCGAAGGGCCACUUGA